AUGGCAGACGAUGUGGAAAAGUGUCGAGCGGCCUUGAGGAGAUAUCCCGCCGGCCAUUCUCUUCGAUCACAGUAUCUCAGCAAUCUCGCUUCCAGCCUUGCAGACAGAUUCAGGCAGCGGGGCGUCCCGUCUGACCUUGAUGAGUCCAUCGAGCUCAAUCGGGCUGCACUACUCCUUCGUCCCCCCGGUCAUUCUGAUCGAUCAUACUCUCUCAACAAUCUCGCUGCCAGCCUCGCAGACAGAUUCGGGCAGCGGGGCGUCCCGUCUGACCUUGAUGAGUGCAUCGAGCUGCAUCGGGCUGCACUACUCCUUCUUCCCCCCGGUCAUUCUGAUCGAUCAUACUCUCUCAACAAUCUCGCUGCCAGCCUUGCGGUCAGGUUCAGGCAGCGGGGCGUCCCGUCAGACCUUGAUGAGAGCAUCGAGCUCAAUCGGGCUGCACUACUCCUUCUUCCCCCCGGUCAUUCUGAUCGAUCAUACUCUCUCAACAAUCUCGCUGCCAGCCUUACGGUCAGGUUCAGGCAGCGGGGCGUCCCGUCAGACCUUGAUGAGAGCAUCGAGCUCAAUCGGGCUGCACUACUCCUUCGUCCCCCCGCCUUGCGGUCAGGUUCAGGCAGCGGGGGCGUCCCGUCAGACCUUGAUGAGAGCAUCGAGCUCGAUCGGGCUGCACUACUCCUUCGUCCCCCUCGGUUCAGGCAGCGGGGCGUCCCGUCAGACCUUGAUGAGAGCAUCGAGCUCAAUCGGGCUGCACUACUCCUUCUUCCCCCCGGUCAUUCUGAUCGAUCACUGUCCCUCAACAAUCUCGCCCUCGGCCUUCGAGACAGAUUCUGGCAGCGGGGCGUCCCGUCAGACCUUGAUGAGUCCAUCGAGCUCAAUCGGGCUGCACUACUCCUUCGUCCCCUCGGUCAUUCUAAUCGAUCACACUCUCUCAACAGUCUCGCUGCCAGCCUCGCAGACAGAUUUAGGCAGCGGGGCGUCCCGUCUGACCUUGAUGAGUCCAUCGAGCUCGAUCGGGCUGCACUACUCCUUCGUCCCCCCGGUCAUUCUGAUCGAUCAUACUCUCUCAACAAUCUCGCUGCCAGCCUUGCGGUCAGGUUCAGGCAGCGGGGCGUCCCGUCAGACCUUGAUGAGAGCAUCGAGCUCGAUCGGGCUGCACUACUCCUUCUUCCCCCCGGUCAUUCUGAUCGAUCACUGUCCCUCAACAAUCUCGCCCUCGGCCUUCGAGACAGAUUCUGGCAGCGGGGCGUCCCGUCAGACCUUGAUGAGAGCAUCGAGCUCAAUCGGGCUGCACUACUCCUUCUUCCCCCCGGUCAUUCUGAUCGAUCAUACUCUCUCAACAAUCUCGCUGCCAGCCUCGCAGACAGAUUCGGGCAGCGGGGCGUCCCGUCUGACCUUGAUGAGUGCAUCGAGCUCCAUCGGGCUGCACUACUCCUUCGUCCCCCCGGUCAUUCUGAUCGAUCAUACUCUCUCAACAAUCUCGCCAACAGCCUCGCAGACAGAUUCAGGCAGCGGGGCGUCCCGUCAGACCUUGAUGAGUGCAUCGAGCUCAAUCGGGCUGCACUACUCCUUCUUCCCCCCGGUCAUUCUGAUCGAUCAUACUCUCUCAACAAUCUCGCUGCCAGCCUCGCAGACAGAUUCGGGCAGCGGGGCGUCCCGUCUGACCUUGAUGAAACAUUUAGCCUCUUCUUGCAACUCCCACACAUAUCUCAUGCAGUGUCUCGUGCGGAUCUUACUGCUGCAAAGUCAUGGGCUACCGCUGCUGAAGAGACAAACCAUAGUUCUGCAUUACUCGCAUAUCAAACUGCAUCGAAAUUCCUAGAUCAGCAUGUCAAUCUUUUGUCGUCCUCGUCACGUCAUUUCGAUGUCGUGAGCAUGGCUACGGCGUCCCUUGCUGUGGACGCCUUCUCAUGCAGCGUUCGUCAUGGUGCGCUGACAACUGCUGUGGAAUUGGUGGAGCAAGGUCGUGCAGUGUUCUGGACCCAGUUGGUACGCUUAAGCUCGCCGUCCGAUGGACUUUCUCUACCUGGUGACGCCGGUGGAGCCUUGGCGGAAGAAUUCAAGCAGCUGAGCUUUCGCCUUCGUACUGCAUUCGAUCAGUCUACUGGAGACCAGCCCCCACAAAUCCGACAACUGACCAUGCAAUGGAACGAUGUCGUUUCCCGCAUCCGCAUGCUCCCUGACUUAUCUCAGUUUCUCCUGCCUCCCAUGUUCUCAGACCUACAGAAGGCCGCUGAAGAAGGUCCAGUCAUCAUCGUCAAUGCUAGUCAGUACAGCUGUGACGCCUUGAUUGUCCUAAGUGAUCAAAAUCCUAUUCACGUUCCGAUUGAUGUCACGCGCACUCAAGUCUCCGAAUUGUCCUCCGAUUUUCAGUCUGUCGCAGAGCAAUUCGGUUCUUCCGAUCAUCAGAACAAGCUUGUGGGCAUCCUCCGCAAGCUUUGGCAUGAUAUUGUUGACCCCGUGGUCCAAGCCCUUGGGAAGUCGAAUGUUUGCCCUGGCUCGCGUAUCUGGUGGUGUCCCACUGCUGAAUUUACUUUACUUCCUCUACAUGCAGCAGGACCCUAUGAGAGGGAGAGAGAUAACUUGUCACAGAUUUAUAUCUCCUCUUAUACCCCCACUUUGGCGACACUAGUUCGUGCGAGACAGCGCGUUUCUCCAUAUGCAUCUACUCAAUAUUUUGUUGCAAUUGGUCAAGGAAACCCGGACAGAGGGAAGGAGCUACGAUGCGUCGCUCCUGAAUUAGCCGCCAUAGCUCAGCGUCUCGUACCCAUCGUGUCGUCCUUCACGUCGCUCGAGGAGAGCGACGCAACAGUGCAGGGUGUCCUCGAAGCACUAAACCACAACCAGUGGCUUCACUUAGCCUGCCACGGAAUACCGAAUCGACAACGUCCAUUUGAAUCUUCCUUCGCAAUGCGUGAUGGGCCGUUGAUGAUCAGGGACAUCAUCCGAUCCAACUGGCAGAACCCCGAGUUUGCUUUCUUAUCAGCUUGCCACACCACCGUGGGCGAUGAGAAGAGUCCCGACGAAUCUAUCCAUCUCGCUGCGGCGAUGCAAUUCUCCGGAUUUCGCAGUGUGAUCGGCUCUAUGUGGUCCGUCGACGACGAGGUUGCACGGCAGGUUGUGUCUGCUUUUUACGACAAGCUGGUCGAUGAUUCAGGGAAAUUGGACUGCACGCGGGCUGCGGUGGCGUUGCACAAGGCUGUGAAGAAAUUGCGGCGCAAUAAUAUUCCACUGGAACAGCAGAUCGUAUUUGUUCACAUAGGUAUCUAG